AUGGCCAAACCACUCCCGCGCAGAACCCUCGUCUAUGAGGAUUAUGGCUCUGCAGUUGACCAGAUUAUAUCCCCCUCUUCAGACUCUGAGUUUAUUGAUCAGUUAAUCCACGUCCUCAAGGAUGCCGCGAGCACCGAGCGGACGGCCACGCUCCUACAAAGUCUGGGGGAAUACUCAGACGACAGGGAGGCCGAUAUUGAGAGGAUAGGAUUGACCCGCCAUGAAGAGUUCCUUCGAUCCGUCAAUCAACUGCAAUCGAUCCGUGAGGAAACAGUUCUCCUGACCGACGAAAUCCUCAAAUUGAAUCAGUCCAUCCAGUCCAGUACGGAGAUACUAGCGGAACAGAAACAGGCACUUGUCAACACAAGGGCUAUUCGACAGAAUAUCACAGAUGCUUCCGACGCGUUGCGAGGCUCUUUAAACAUUCUUCAUGCUGUCAACCAGACCCAUGAUCUAAUUAGAAAGAAGAAAUACUACGCCGCCCUCAAGUCUUUAGAUGAUCUUCAGAACGAGCACAUUAUUCCCACUGUCCAAAACAAAUAUGCAACCCAGCAGAGGCUGGCUGAUAUCAUCCAGAAAUCCAUCCCGGCGUCCCAGAAAGUUAUCUCAGAGGCAGUGAUGACGGAUCUGAAUACUUGGCUCUUCCGAAUAAGAGAGACAUCGCAAUUUCUCGGAGAGGUCGCCUUUUACCACACAGAACUGCGGAGAACAAGACAACGAAAGCGUGUAGAGGACGACAAGUUUAUGGCAAACUUCAAGCUCAACUCUGCUAUCGAACUUGUAUCAGAUGAGGCAGAGGAGUUUGAUGUGCUUGAUAACGACGAACUUCAGGUUGACUUCACGCCUCUAUUCGAAUGUCUUCAUAUAUACGAAGCCCUCGGACAGAUCGAUAAGUUUCGUGCGGAAUAUUCUGCCACCAGGCGACAACAGAAGGACCUACUGCUCCCUGUUGCUGUUAGUUUACUGGAAGACGACGAGCUAUCCCUUAGUAGUCUACUGGAGGGCAUCACUGGAUUUGCUAUCAUCGAAAAGGCAACCAUGCGCCGUGCACCGCAGUUACGGUCCGCAGUUGAUGUCGAGGAGCUCUGGGAUUCGAUGUGCCAAGCUGCCGUGAACCUUACCUCGAAGGCACUGAAUGAUGUUACAGACGCCGAGGUGCUAUUGAAAAUCAAGGGGUUUAUCUCCCUAUUCAUCCAGACAAUGGAGGGCUGGGGAUACUCAGUGGCAAUGCUUGACAACUUUCUCCUUACCUUAUUCAACAAAUACGCGGAGCUCCUUAAGCGGAGGUUUAGUGAGGAUUUCCAGGAGAUCGUCUCUACGGAUGAUUACAUGCCUAUGACUAUCCAAUCACCAGAGGAAUACGAAAAAGUAGUGAAUGUCAGCUGGUUCAGCCCGGAGAAACCAACGCAUGAAUUAAGUUUUCCCUGUGUCCUGCCGUUCUCUCAGAUGUACCCGCUAUGCUGCAUUGAUAUCCGCAACUUCCUCAACCAGUUUUAUUUCUUCUCAGAUGAUCAUUUCCAACACCCGAACGUCAUUGACGAAACCCUUCGAAAGGCUCUUGACGAGCUUCUUGUCGACAAAGUUUGCAAGUCUCUCGUUGAACGACUCAGCUCGCAGUAUCUGGGGCAGAUUGUCCAGAUUUUAAUCAACCUGGAGCAUUUCGAAAUUGCCUGCCACGAGUUAGAGCAACUCCUCAUCCGAGCACGUUCAUCUACAUCGGCAGGCGGCCCAGUGACUUUGGAAGCUACUGAGCAAUUUCGUAGUAACAAAAAGACAGCCGAGAAGCGCAUUUUCGAGCUUGUUAACUCGAAGAUCGAUGACCUCGUGGAUACUGCCGAAUAUGACUGGUUGGCGGCUACCGUUGCCUCAGAAACAAGCAAUUACAUGCAAACCUUGACGACUUAUCUGGCAAAUAUCAUGAAUUCAACCCUCCUUGGGUUGCCUCGGGAGAUCAAGGAAUUGAUUUACUUUGACGCCCUUAGCCACGCUGCCAACAAAAUCCUCGCUCUCCCGUUAUCACCUGAAGUAAAACACAUCAAUCCGAACGGCGUGGCUGCAUUGGCGAAUGACGUCCAGUACCUCACAGGCUUUGUCGACCGCUUAGAAAAUGGUGCCAUGUUAAAGGAGAACCUCGACGAGCUGCAGCAAACCAUCAACCUAAUGCAGUCUGACAAUCACGACGAGUUUUUCGAUAUUUCUACCCGCAACAAGAAGUAUGGCCGCGUCGAUGCGAUGAAUGGACCAAUUCUACUUGAAAAGUAUGGAAACGUCACGUUCGCUCACCUCGACGGUACAAGGGUCGAGCCGAACGGCCGCCCUGGCUAG